GUACGUAACCGAAUCUGCUCGUAGUGAUAUUGACAUACUUUUGUUGCCCAACAAGACCGGUGCGCUAUAAAAAUUGUUAUUUUUAAUUAUGUGCGGUAAAUACUGAACUUUUGGAUGAAAUCAUCAGAAAUUCCCGUUUAUUAAUUAGGAACUAGUAGGUGUUUACAACGUGACAUUCCCAUUAAUUUACUAAUAACUUCUCGACGUCCAUUUGUGCGGUUAUACGAUGUAUAUAUAUAUUUUUCCGUGUUUAAAUGACAAUGUAUGUGAACUUAUCUCAUAAUUUAAUGGAUUAUUGUGGUAUUAGUGUACGGGGUGGCAAAUAGCUUAAUAGUGUUAAGUGAAAUAAAACAGAGUGCUAAAGAUAAAUAUACUGUUUUUGAAAUAAAAUGCUUGCCCAAAAAAAUUCUACAAAAAAGCUACAAGAUGUUUUGGUGGAAUUUUGUGGAGCCGGACCACCCUAUAAGCAUAAUCCCGAUGGGGAAAUCGACUACGACGGAUUUCACAGAUUUCUGGAUACAUUUCUGGAGGUACGAACGCCAGAAGACUUGUGUCGACAUUUAUUUCUUUCAUUCGUCCGACGUGGGGUGAAAGUCGAAGGUAACUUCAAGGAAAUGACUGUUCUUAGUUCAACGACAGCUUGUGCUCCUGUAACGUCGCAUAACAAAGGAUCCACACCAAAUAUUAACUCAACAGAAUAUGGUCAAAAACAUGCUGAGGAAAAGAGUACCAAUUAUGGAGAAAUGAUCGUUGAGAAGAUCCAUGGAAUAAGUGAAAAGCUAUUGGGUCAUCACAGAUCGGAUAGUGAUUGCUCUACAAGGGGGAAAACAGGAACGGUCCAUCCAAUGUUGACAGUAACUCACACAUCUUAUUCUUGUCACGAAGUUCUGGGGAAGAAAAGUACAGAUUCAUCUCCAUCCCACAGUCAGAUAUCAAGAAAUUCAUCCAAGAAGUCCAAUAACUCUCUUCUUGUAAAUAACGGAAAACUGGAAGAAAUGCGACAUAUUGUGAGAAAAGCGAGUAUGCUAGAUGUGCACCAAGUAAAAGUGUCUCUGAAAGACAUUGUUUGUUACCUGUCACUUCUAGAAGCAGGCAGACCAGAGGAUAAAUUAGAAUUUAUGUUUCGUCUGUAUGAUACAAAUGGAGAUGGGGUAUUGGAUACAAAUGAAAUGGAUUGUAUAGUUAAUCAAAUGAUGACAGUUGCUGAAUACUUGGGUUGGGAUGUAUCAGAGCUUAAACCAAUUCUUCAAGAUAUGAUGGUGGAAAUAGAUUAUGAUGCUGAUGGUACGGUUUCAUUAGAAGAAUGGAAACGAGGAGGUCUCACAACGAUACCACUUUUAGUGUUGUUGGGCCUCGAUUCAAACGUAAAAGAAGAUGGAAAUCACUUAUGGAGAUUGAAACAUUUCAGCAGGCCAGCAUAUUGCAACCUCUGCCUUAAUAUGUUAGUUGGAUUAGGAAAGAAAGGUCUCAGUUGUGUUUUUUGCAAGUACACCGUCCAUGAACGAUGUGUAGCUCGUGCCCCGGCAAGUUGUAUAGCAACAUAUGUAAAGAGCAAAAAAUCUUGCCAAACGCUACAGCAUCACUGGGUGGAAGGAAAUUGUCAUGGAAAAUGCGCUAGAUGUAGAAAACCAGUGAAAGCUGGCAUUACUGGAUUACAUUGUAGGUGGUGUCAAAUAACUUUACACAAUAAAUGCGUUUCACAAGUGAAAGCUGAAUGUGGACUUGGAGAGCAUGCCGUCCAUAUUUUACCCCCAGUCUCCAUUUAUCCCAUUGUUUUAGAUCGACAGAGAUCCGUACAGAAACGAGGAUCUAAAUACGGACAUGAUAAUGGUUCCAUAUCACAAAACAAACAACCAGCCUUGUCGUUUCAAAUUACAACGUCUCCGAAUUCCGUGCCUCUUUUGGUAUUUAUCAAUCCGAAAUCUGGAGGUCGACAAGGCUCCAGAAUUCUUAGAAAAUUCCAAUACAUACUUAAUCCGAGACAAGUACAUAUACUAGGAAGUGGAAAUGGUCCUAUGGCGGGACUUAGUAUGUUCAAAGACGUCCCUAAUUUCAAAGUUGUAUGUUGUGGAGGAGACGGGACUGUAGGAUGGGUAUUAGAAACUAUGGAUAAAAUUGAGUUGGAGUGUCAACCAGCAGUGGCAGUUAUCCCUUUGGGAACGGGGAAUGACUUAGCAAGAUGCCUUCGAUGGGGCGGAGGAUACGAAGGAGAAUCGAUACAUAAAAUGUUACAUAAAAUCGCUCGAGCGUCUUCGGUGAUGCUCGAUAGAUGGAUGGUAGAUUUGUAUGAUACAGCACCUCCAGAUCCAGAUCAAAAAAUUCCCGAUACGAGAAUACCUUAUAAUAUCAUCAAUAAUUAUUUUUCUAUUGGAGUAGAUGCUGCUAUAUGUGUGAAAUUUCAUCUAGAACGAGAGAAGAACCCUGAAAAAUUCAACAGCAGAAUGAAAAAUAAAUUAUGGUAUUUUGAAUACGCUACUUCAGAACAAUUUUCAGCAUCUUGCAAAAAUCUUCACGAACAUAUUGAAAUUACUUGUGAUGAUCAAAGUCUGGACCUUGCAAAUGGACCUCCUUUACAAGGAAUAGCUUUAUUGAAUAUUCCUUAUACUCAUGGCGGAGCUAAUCUUUGGGGAGAGCAUCUUUCCAGUACAAGAAGAAAAAAGUCUAAAAAGAGACAAAAGGAACUGAGUACCAAUAGUUUUAAUUCUGUAGACCUUAGUGUAGCGAUACAAGAUAUUGGAGAUGGAUUGAUAGAGGUUAUAGGUCUAGAAAAUUGUUUGCAUAUGGGACAAGUGCGAACAGGACUAAGGGCUAGUGGUCGACGAUUGGCUCAAUGUUCUUCAGUUCUGAUAAAAACCAAAAAGACUUUUCCUAUGCAGAUCGACGGGGAGCCUUGGAUGCAACCGCCAACUACAAUACGUAUCACUCAUAAGAACCAAGUGCCGAUGUUAAUGGCACCUCCUAUAGAAAAAGGCAAAGGCUUUUUCAGAUUCUUCCGUAGGUAGAAACUUAUCAACCUUUAUCUAAAAGUGAUAUUAAAAUAUUCAUACUAUUCCUGAAUAUCUAGUCUUCGGAUAUUUUUUAGUUUUAAAAAAUGACAAUAAUAUUAUUUAUUCUAUAUAUAUUUUUGUGUAUAAGGUGUCAGUAUUAUUAUUUUCAUUUGUUUAUUGAAAUAAGAAAAUUGUUAACCUGUUAUAUUAAGUUGUAUAAAUUGAUUAAAUAUAUCAGAAUAUGAAAUAUUCCCUACAAAUAAUUUGUAAUUUGAUAUUUUAUUUUCUUCUGUUCAUGCAUUCGAAUAUAAGAAAUAAUAAUUAUUUCUAUAUUAAGUUAUAUUCUUGAGUAAUUGUGUCUUUCAUCUCUAAACAUCUAGUAUAGUUUCCAUUGAAGUAAUCAUAAGCUUUCUUGCAGACAAGGUUUACUAUUUUUUGGGAUUUUUGGGAGAACUUGGUUGUUCAACUCCAUAAACUGUUGUUUUGUCUUGCAGUUGACUUGUCUCACUCAUUCUUUAGAUGGCUUGAUACUAAUCUAAGGGUAGAUCUUACCAGGUCUCGGGUUCUACUUUUACUUAAAGACAAAGGAAAGAAAUAUUAAACUUGAAAAAAGAUACGAAAAUGGGGCGCCACAUACAAUAUUAUCUGUAUUUUAGUUGGUACACAUCAACACAGUAUCAAUAAAAUUUUGUGAAGAGGCUGCAAGGAAACUAAGUAUGAACAAUGUUAUAGAAUGUUUAUAAUUCAAAAAUAAAGUCCACCAUCCAGAGAGGUAAUCAAGCUCCAUAACAGUAAAAAUCCGAGAAAAAUUUAACUCUAGAAAAAAGUGCUGAAUGCCAUAUAAGUUAUACUUACAGAUAUAUUUCACGGUGGCUUUUGAUCUAUUUCACUGCGACCUUCUCAGAUUGGAGGCUAAAUUAUUUAGAUAAUUCUUUGUAAGUGGAUUUCCCACUCCUAGCACCUUAAAUCUCAUACUUGUUGAAUUAUCGCAAACACAUAUUGCUCAGUUAUGAACUGUGUCUUUUCUCUGCUGAUUUCCUUCACCAGAAAUACUUUUGUGGCUGCUUCAUUUCUAGAGUUUGUAUUACUACAAAGUGUUUCGGGUCCAACUAAUAGUAUUGACGCGGAUUCUUUGUCAUGACGUCUGCCUUCUAGAUGCACUUGUGACUCUUGUACCCAGGCCUUAGGUAAUUUGAAGGAAAUGAAGCGUACCCUACACCUUUUGACUAUAUGAGCCGCUUUAUACCAGAUUACUCCAGAUUACCAGAUUAUAUGAUAUUUUGAGUCUUCCUCGCCUAUAUAAAUUUCAAUUUGUUGCCUCACUACACUGUCUGCUUUCAAUUCGUUUAGUCAACAUUAUGUGUGAUAUAUGAAAGCGAUAGAUUCAGCAGGAAUUCCUGUAUUACGGUAUUAAAGUGAAUCAAGGUUCAUUAAUGACAAAAACCAAACGACACGUCAAAAUUCCAAGCGGUGUUGUCGUAUUGUAUUAGAUAGCUAAAUAAAAAGGAACGGACUAUUGACGUGGGCAAGCUCCCUCGCGUGUUACGGAUUUUUGAAUAAACAUACAAAUAAAGAAAUAAGAUGAGCGGCGAGAAUAGUGGCCGAAAUAGAGACCAUAGAACAAGUUUUGGAAAGAAAAAGAGACAAAGGAAGUCAGGCCCCUUUACAAGGAGUGAAACUACCAAAUAACACCCGAAGAACCAAUAAUAGAAAAAGAAAUAGCAUACAUGAAGAAAGUGAAGGGUACUCUACAGGACUUAAUGAUGGAAAAAACAAACGAAUACAAACCAACAAAAACAUAACUAAAAUAUGGAGAAGGAAAACAUUGGAAUUAAAACAAAAUUAUUAAGCAGCUAAAGAAAAUGUAAGAUUUCCUAAAAAUACAAAACAAAAGACAAAAUUUAAGAGUAACCGUGUAGCAAGCGGGCUCAGGAAACAGCAAGGAACUAAAACGAGCGAUGGAAGAUAUUAUAAUCAAAGAGCUCGAAUCAGAAAUAGGAUUAAGAGCGAAAAAAAUCGGAAUAAAAACACAUGUAUAGAAAUAGAAGAUGUUGAGGAUAAAAUGAAGAUAUCGGAAAACAAAAACAAAAUACGGUACAUGAAAGAUGGGGUAGUCUAUAUUAAUAACGAUCUCUCUAUAAAAGAAAGAGAUGAAGAGUUAAUGAAGGAAAGAGAGGAAAGAGAGAAGGAAAUGUUUGGAAAUGGAGCCAGGAGGUAAAUGAUUUGGUAAAAGGCUCCGAGAAGACAAAAUUUCCAAAAAAGUAGUUACUAUGGAUAAAGGAAGGGAUGAAAAGCAUAACAGCCAGGUGAAGAACAAGAAAUUAGAAUCUGAACGAACAAGUAAAAAAAAUUGAACAAAGGAAAAUGAAAAUAGAAACAUGGAAUGUCAGAGUUACGUAUGAAGGAGUGGCUCUAAACUAAAUACAUGGAAAUGCAACGAAAAAAGGAGAAUCAGAUGGAAAACAGACCUUUUAGGACGGUACACAUGGAAUAAAAGUCGGAUAGCAAAGGGUAGUAGAAUAAUGGGUCCUUGAGUAAUAUUAUUAAAGCAAAAGCAACCUCCAAAGCAACAAAUAUAAGAUUGUACAAAACAAUUAUCAGGCCGACUGUACUGUAUGGAUGUGAGUCCUGUAUGCUAACCAAGAAGAGUGCUGAAAAAAUAUUGAGAGGUGUGAAAAAGAAUGGGUCAUGGAGAAGAACAAAUACUGAGCUUAAAGAAAUAUAUCACGAGCCUAAUAUUACGCAAAUGGUCAAAACCCAAAGAGUCAGGUGGUUGGAACAUAAGUGCAGAGUGAAUGCAUUCAAAAUUGCCAAGAGAGCAUAACUGGAUUGAGAAGGAAUUAGAAGAAGGAAAGGCCGGCCGAAAAAGGAAUGGGUAGAAGAGGUAAUAUAGGAUUUGAGAAGAGUGAGAAUAACUGAGUGCUGAGAAAGAACAGAGGACAGAAAUGGAUAGAGAGUUUAAAGAUUUGGAAAUAUAUAUUUUGUAAAUUUUUUAAUUGUAAAAAUUUUGCGGGCUGUCACUGUUUUUCUAUUGUUUGUUGUUAUGAUGAUGAACAAAGUAAACAGCGGUGAAGUGUAGUCAAACUAUCAACAUUUUUUUAUAUCUUGUUAAGUGCGAUUGAACAACUUUGUUGUGACUUUCUUUUUUUAGUGAAGCGAUAUAAACGUAAUUCAUUACGAUAUUGUUAGGCAGACAAAGUAACUAACCAUUUCUCCAGAAGCUUUUCCAUACCGGCAUCAAAUAAUUCCUAGGACAACUCGAACAGCCAUGUGUGUCGUCGUCCCAAACAUGUGGUAACGAAAUGUUUUAGUAUCUUCCAUCCUAUUUCUGAAUAUGUUGAGUGUGAGACACGUGGUAUAAGAGCGCGCAUUAUCUUGGAGAACAGGUUUCAUGUAUGUUUUCAGAAGGUUAAAGCAGCAUUUAUAGAAAGUUAAGUGCGCAGGAAAUUAUGUAACCUAGCUCAUUUUUAAAUUGCAACAUUUUUGUUUCAUCUCUUGUUAAAUGGAACUCACCAUCUUCGCCAUUGUAACUUUCUUUUUUUAGUUAGGUGAGAAAAGUGUAAUCCAUUAUAAUAUUGCUAGACAGUCACUUGAAUCACGUCUAUUUUGUAGUUGUUUUAGAAGGUUAGAGUAGUAUGUAGCAUUUAUGGAACGUUGUAUGCGCAAGUAGUCAACGUACAGCGCUUCUCGUCGUUCCUAAAAUACAGUAUACAUAAUCUUACCCACCGACCUGGUUGUCUUCGCUUUGUUUGAAGUUCCUUAUUUUCUUUUUUUCCUCCUAUCUUUAGUCGCCACCUUGCUUUUGGGAGAUUUUGUGAACGCCGAAGAUUUUCCUUGUUUCUAAUGCCUUCCUGUACCAAAACAAAUGACAAAUACAUUGCACUACUGUUGUCGGCACUUAACGCUAACUCAGGAUCAUAGCACGCACAUGAAACGUGCUUUUGUGAUAAAAACUGUGUAAGUGUUCACCUUGCAUUAUGAUUAUUAUCUACGCGGCAUCUAUCUCAACUAUCUCAAACACGGUUUGAUGUACAGAAAAACGUUUCAUACAAAAUAAAAUUUCAUUCCAUACAAGGUUAAUAAUUAACAAAUAGAAUUAAAGCCAUCGGAAGAUAUAUAUACGAUUUUUUACAUUGAAUAUCAUAACAUGCUGAUAUGAGAUUUUAUGUGACUUAGCUUAAAAGUUUCUAAACAGAAAGAAAGUUGAAUAGUUUUUGUUACCUUUGUAAGGAAAGUUUCAUAUUCCCAUUGGCUUAAUUAAAAAUAAUUUUUUGAAUAUAUUUAUUUACAUUAAGAAAGUUGUAGUAUUUUUUCAGUUUAUAGUUGUAAAGGCUAUAUAUAUAUAUUGUUGUUCAACUGUUAACUUCCCUGUUGGUUUACUUAUGUUGAAUCUUAAAUGAAAAAAUGUAUGCGCUUCUCUGGAUGAAUACAAUAGACAUGAAAAAUAAUGAGCGUUACAUUUAAAAACGAUAUUUCCUAUGAUGGAAAAUAGAAUUAGAAAAAUCUGUUUUGUUUCCCUUUUGAUAGACUCAAAUUAGCAGGUCUGUUAAACCUUAUCCACCGAAGGUUGAGCACUAUUUUUAAAGGCAAUUACUAAUAUAUAAAAUAGUUGUUAAGUAUCACAUUUUCUCAUAUAAACGGAUAACUGCAAAAUGUCACAAUUAUAUAUUUUUUUAAAGAUUCUAUGAGAAAAAGUCGAGACCUGUAGGCAAAGUCCUUUUUAAUAAAGAUAUACAUUUGUUUCGAAUAAUUUAUCUUCUCCUAUUGCAAUAUGAGCAAAAGCAUAGAAUAAAUCUUGUUUUAUGUGUUAAAAAGGGAUACAAACUGUUCAACUUACGCUUUUUUAGAUAAAUAUUUGUUGCAUAUUUUGCUAAUAAGAAUGUUAUUGAUAAUAAAGCUUCUCAAAUUUUUGAAGUUAUUACUGUUAUAGAAAUAUUAAGAGGUAACUGUCUAGAAAAACUAUAGGGACCAUAAUUCGCUUGAACUGAAGUACUUGAAAUUUAUGAUGAUACCUUCCUUGAAUGGACUACAAAUUAUUUUCCACUGUUUUUGAUGGAUAAAUUAUUAUUCAUGCGUACUUCUUAAAUUGUAUAUUUUGAUCUUUUUCAUUAUUUAUUUAUACCUCAUAUUGAACAUUUCAUAUUUGCAACAAUAUAUUCAAUAUAUAUAAAAAAUUGAAAUUUUUCUCAUAAUAACGAAUUUUUACAUAAAAACAAAUACAGUUUCAAACAUUUGAAAUAUAACUAUUUCAUACCACGUUAAAUGAACGAAAUACUUCUAAAUUCCUGCGACAAAAUUCAGGAAGUGAUAGAUCGUAUGGAAUUAAGAUGGGAUUUUCCUAUAAUUUUUUUAGCACACGCCUUUCCGAGAUAUCACCUUUAAAAGGCGGUGACUAAAAUUGAGUUUUUUUUUCUAAACGUGUACGGCAAUCCCUGACACGUAGGCUGCGUUCAUGUAUUUUGGCUAAAGGUGGUUAUUUCCAGCAUUUAUUAUGAAUCCUAUUAUAUUUUACAUAUUUUUUGUAUUCCACUCAAAAAAUUAUAAUUUAUGGAACUCUCUGCAGCUGUUGGUUUUGGGAAUAAAAAAUAUUUUUGAAAUAAACUUGUAAGUAAUUGUCAAUUGGAAUUAGUUAUGGUUAUAUUGAUAUUGAUGAAAUAGAAUCUAUCUCAUUUGGGUCAUUCUCGAUAAAUGGAGAGUCGACCUUGAGAUUUCUUUAAAAAAUGUUAAAUUGAAAUUUACAUUUUUUAUACUUUAUAUAUUAGAAAAGCCAAAAAAAUCGAACUAAAGGUUUUAACGGAGGGGAUAACGUUAUUCAUCAAAAUAGAGAAUGUUAACGGAGGGUGAAAAUGAACUUUGAUAAGAACGAAAUAAACUAAAGAGAGAAUCAUUGAAAUUUUAUUUUUGUUUAUUAAUCCUUCUUCUUUAUGCAGAUGAUCGCCUAAAACAGUGCCCUGUGUAGUACUUGUGGUUGGGCAAAUUUAAAUAUUGUGCUAUGAGGGAUGGAAUAUUUUCAAUUUGGUUAAUAACAACAGGUAGUUGGUACGUUUUUUCUUACGAUCUAUUAAAAAAAACGUUUAUUAUUUACUUCUGAAGGUCGCAAUUACAUAUUUUUUGUUACGAUCUAGAAACUUGGCGAAGUAUCUUUAUUAUCAAUUACAGUGAACCUUCUUGAAGUUUUAUUUUUGCUUUCUCUAAUAUUUAUUAUAAGAAUAUUAACGGUUUCCUCCAAGACAUCUGCUAGAAGAUCGCAUAACUCCUGAAUUCGACAAGCGCCAGCAAUGCCAAAAAUGGUCAUUAUCAAAUGCAAGAUAUAGCUGUAAUGAAUUUUAGUUUUUAUAUUAAUAAAAAACCGCGUCUGCCAUUCUCAAAUUUUUAAUCUUUUUUAUUAAACCAAACCAACUUAGUGGCUGGAAUUUGAAAAACCGGUUGGUCAAUAUUCUCGAACAUAAAAUAUAAAAUUAAAAAACCAAAAAAAAAUCAAAAUACAAAAGAACCGCAAAAUUUUGAAAAUAUUUUGCAAAAUGAUGAUGACGUUUCACACUUCUUAAUUACAGUACAACAUUAUUACAAUCACAGGGCCUUACACACAACACAAAAUUUGAUAAAUAUACAAAUAAAAAGAGUGUUAUAAUGAUUAUUCCAUUUAAAAAGUACUUUUUCGCUCUUUUUGGGGUGUAAUGAUAAAACAUUCAUUCAAAAUACAUUGUUCUUUUUUGCACGAUUUUGGACGUAUGUAUAAUAUGUAAUUUCUCGUAUUUAUAUGUUUCUAAAUGCUUAAUUUUAAUGGUGUUCGUAAUUAAAGUAAUUUAUUUAUGGUAGAAUGGAAUUUUGGAGUGCCGUUAGGUGCUUCAAGUAAGAUUUUGUUUGUAAUUAAUAGUAUAUUUCACUUGGAUAUUAUCUAUUUUAACGAAAACAUUUUGCAAAGAUCAAGUCUCCUCUUAACGAGAAUGACUCUUUUAUAAUUUGACAGCUUUGCGGUAGGCUUAUGAUUUGUUAGUGAUUUUUCAUUUACUCGUGAAAAUGGCAAUGCAGUGUAACGAAAAACGUAAACAUAAACGCAGUUAAAAUAAUAACUCUUGUAAAGCCGCUAAUAUAUAAUGUAGCACCAUUAGUUCCUAAGUGUGUUCCAUUCUGAGACAUUGAAUCGGAUAAUUUCUACUGCAAAAAAAUGAAAUUAUUGGUAGAAAUGACUUAAUAAGAACGAUCUAAAAAGAUAGAAAAUCAGGAUAAACUAGAGAAAGGAAAAUAUACGAUACAAAGCCUAAUAACAGAUUAAAUUAAAUGAAGAAAAAACAAAAAGAAUAAAAAAGAUAUGAAAAUAAAUAAAUAAAAGGUGAUGUUUUACUUAAAUAGAAAAUCUAAGAAACAGGAAAAUGCGUCCAAAACUGGAAAUAGCAUAGUAUGAAAUAAUAUUGUGAUAUAAAGAAUAGUACAAGCCAAAAAAAUUCAUCCAAGGAGAAAAGACAAGACAUGAGAAAAUUACUAGAGCAUAAUAUGGAAUGUUUAGUACAAAUGAGAAAUGCAACCAUUAAGGAAGAAGAAAUGGAAGAAAAAAGAAUGAGUAUGGGAAGUUGAGAAUUUGGAAAUGUACAGAAACAACGACAUGGUUAAGGUAGAAAGAAACAUUCAAUGAAAAAUACAAAGGGUGAGGAAGCACAAGUAAACUACAAGAAUUGUGAAAUAAAGUUAUUCGAAGGGAAUAAAUAAAAGAAAUGGGAAAGAUGGGAUGUAUAUUAUCUCUUAUUACUAAAGAUAUAUUAAAUUAAACCUAAUGUAUAUCGAUUUGAUAUUGAGUAAUUUCUAGAAAUUCGCACUAGAGUUAUUUUUUUGGCAAAUAAUCGAAUAAAUAUUCAGUAGUCAAGUUUAACCCACGUCUCCUUAUUUAUAAACAAUUUUAAGAAUCUAUAUCAUAUCAUACAAUAUCUCAAUGAUAUAAAUAACAGAAUUUACAGAAAACGUCAAAGUGAAAUAGCGAUACUAUAAAUGUUCAAUGUGAUAAAAAUACUAUAUUUUACAGAUCCUUGGUUUUUUUAUAUCAAAACAGAACAGCCACUAACACGAAGUGGUAGAAUUGCUGUAAAGCUUUAAUUGUAAAAUAGUAGGUACAUUGUAUAUUUACCACAAUUAUAGUUAUAAUAUUUUUAAAUAUUUCUCGCUUUGUACCUAUAUGUAAAGCUUGACAUCCGACAUUGUAGGUUUUUAUAAAGUAGUUGCAAUUCAAUAAUUUGUUAUCAACAAUCGAAGUUGUCUUAGUAUGUAUAAAAAUUGACUCCAUGCAAAUAUUAUAAAAUUGUUUAUCUAUUCAACAAUAUUGUAAUUAGCCAUAAGUGAAAUUUUUUUCUGUUACAGAGUUUUUCACGAGCCUAGAUAAUUACGAUAUAUAUAACACGAGUCUUCGAAAUUUAAAGUUAUUGAAAACAUUUUCUUAAUCAUCUUUUUUUCAUCCCAAUUGUAAACAAUUUGCCUGAUGAAGCCGUCACUGUUACAUAAUUCAAAAAAGCUGUUUUGUGAACUUCAGGGUAGUUUCCAUAGUCGAGCAUUGAAAUCUUUACAACAUGUGCUGCCUUUGAAAUCAGUUAGACCAAUGAUUUCAGUUAUAAAAAAACAUUUUCAUACGUUUUACUCUGUUAGAAGAGACGACCCCACAUUUUGUGCAUUCUUAAUCACAACGGUGGCGUACUGAGCUAAUGUGGAUAAACUUAGAACUGAAAAAGGUCUGUGGUGAGGAACAGAUAUCAGACGCAGAUAGUUAUUGCUCUUCCUGUGCACUGGCAUCCAUACGUUUGCUGCUGCGACGCAAAAUACGAAAGCUGGCAACGGGACGCUCUGUUUUUUGACGAAUCGAAUUUAUGACUCUUUGUUGCUGUAACUGUUGACAAUUGAAAUGAAUAUCACUUGAUGGUUUAUUUUACAUUGACUUUGAAAUAUUUAUUACACUCUGUUGCAUAAAUAAUGAACCUAAAUCGGAUUGAUAUAUGUUUCAUAAGAAUUCACUCAAUUUCAUUCAACCUGUUGGUUGAUGCUGACAUCCUUUAACAGUAUAAUCAACAAUUUCAUCAUUAGAAAUUCCUUUAUAUGGAAAAAAUAGCUUAAUAAUAUGGAUAUUUUGAAUGAGAGUACAUGUAUGUAGGAAAGAGGAUGUGUGUACAUUAUAUAGUCUGAUGGGAUUAAAAUGUAAGACUCAAACGCAUCUAAAAUCCUCAUCAUAGAAAGAAUAUGAAAUAAUUGAAUGCCACCAAAGAAAGGUUUCAAUGUAAUUUGUUUUGCUUCUCUCAUUGAUUUUAUAAAAAGAAGUAUUAAAAGUAGAGAGUGAUGCAACCGUAGAGUAGACAAAGUGUUUGCACAAAAAGAAGCGGGAUACAGUAGGUAUACGUCAAAAUCUGGAAUUAAUUUAGUAAAUACAAAGUGCUCCAAGCUUGUACCCAAAUAUCCCGACUUGUCGCAAGAGUUGGAAAAAAUGUCAAAACAAGUCAAUAUUAACCUAGAUGAUGGCUCAAACUUUAUACUAGUUCCAAACUUCUUUUUCUGCUCUUUUAGCUUCCAGAAUCGUCUUUUGAGAAAUAUUAAACCGCAAAGGGUGUUGAGGAAGGCAUCAUUUUAUAUUUGUUUUUAUUAUUUAGGCAAUUUCUCUCUUAUUUUGUUCAUUAUUUGUGAGGUGAGAACUGCUUGGAUUAUAGUAAACAAAAUUAAUUUUAACAAUGUACUGUACUAAAUACAUUCUUUCAAAGAGUAUACACCAAUAUAAUUAGUGAGUUCAAGUUUGUAAGGAGUCAAUUUUCUCAAAAAAUCAAGAGCUUGUUUAGUAAUAUUAGUAAAUGUACUUCUUCCUGCACGAUUCAACGUACUGCAUUUUUUGCAGUUUUAUCAUCCAACUUCAAUCAAAAAAUGUUAACCCUAUAUCUUGGUAACAAUGUGUGAUGUGAUGGAAAGUGCAUCCCAUGUUUUCAGUAGAAUUCAUUCACAAACUCUCAUAAACGUCUUGACUGCUUUCAAAAUUUACCUUUAGAGGUACCCAAAAACGUUUAAUUCAUUAUUCACCAGAAUAGCAUGGCCUCCUGAUUAGACACAGCCUUAACGUAUAUUUAAAAAGGUCCUUUACAAUAAUGAUGCAUUUGUUUGUCAUAUCCAAUUGAGGUAACGGCUUUAACACAUUCACAACAUUUCUUCUAAACACUACUCUCAUUUCGAUCCUGGAAAUAGGAAUCGAGCCGUUACUCGCUGUAUGUAUAUCUUAGACAACUACCUAGCAGAUCAUGCAAUAGAAGCUGUCACAUACCUCUUCCAACGUCUUUAUUGCGAUCAGACUCAUAUAACUACAAGUUGUCUAGGACAAUAUUCCUUGUAAGAAACUGUCCUGUUUCCGUUCCUUCAACCUAAUCGACCAUCCUCUUGAAUUACCUUCGUCUACGAUUUAAUAGUUUCUCUGUAUCCUUCUUUCUUCACUCUUUAGACACGUUAAAAAACCACCCCCAUCCACCAUAUUGUUCAUCAGCAAGGGGUGACAAACUUCCAACCGCACGCAUUGUUGCUAGAAGUUUAACAGUUUGGUAACCCAUGCACCGUUAUUUUUUAGUAUUAAAAGUGUUUGUGUAUGAUAAAAUCUAAACUACCAAUUUUAAUGUCGAGUUGAGCCGAAAUUUUUCGAAAAUUCAUCCUACCUUCCUCGAUUUUUGCGGGUUUUCUUGAACGCUUUGGUCCAUUUAAAUAUAGCAGACCUACUAGAGCUUUUACUGCCGAAUUGAUUGUAUAAACGCCCAACACCGUGUUUUUUAAUAUCCUCCCAUAUCGACAGACGAAUGACAAUACGUUGUGCGACGUCCACUCCUGAUCCUAGCACGCGCGUUUGUGUUCGCGACGAAAACUAUAUCAUAAUGUUAGUAAAAAACUCAACUAACAUAUAAUCAAGCCACGGUCUUUAAAACAUACUGGAGCGCCAUCAACAGUGUUUGUAUUUAUCAUAUUUGAACUGCCUUCGUACUAUAGAACGGGAUCUUUUUCUAAUCGUCUAGAGUAUUUAAAUUGCGCCAUGUUGCUCUAGCUAGCUGUAGUUUGUUCAAUCAGGUAGCCAUGGUCUCUGAGACAGAGCAUCAGCAUUGUUAGGGUUUCUAGGAUUCUCGACUUUCCAUUUUUCGUGAACUUUUCAUCUGUUCAAAUAUAAUGAAUAGCUUUUCUAUAAAUGCCACUGUCUCUUAUAAGACAUAUCAAAGUAAUUAUUGUAGCGAAGACUACAACAUUCGUUAGAAUUAAUUGAUAUUUUUUCAAGCAAUAAUAGAUUCCAAACUCUGGUAUAAUAGUUUGUGAAACAUUAAUUUAUUAUAACUAUUAGUAAACAAGCGUCUGGUAUUUGAAGAAAUAAGUUCACUUCAAAACAUAUUAUAUUCCUGUAAUAUUUGAAUUGAAUUAAGUAACAAUGGGAUAAAGUAUGUACUUUUUUUAUUGUUUUAUCGCAAUAAAAUUUGUCUCUAUUGUAACAGCGUAAAAAUAUUUUAUUAUGUAUAAUUUUAUAGAAUCAAUUGUAUUUACCUUUAACUUUGAAAAUUUUCUAAAAUAGUUUAAUUGCACGCACGUUUAAUUUUAUUCUGUUUCUUUUUAUAACUAAUAAAUAUUGUGGCCAUA